CACCCACCCUCAUUUAUUGCAUGGUAGUAGCCUUUGCAGAAAGCAACCUCUAAGGAGCACUAGGUGCCAGUGAGGGGGGAGGAAGGGCAAACUGGACCAGGAAAGGAGGCAGAAGCCGGACAAGCACACGCAGGGAGGCGGCAGCAGCUGAGGCUCCCCUGCUUCCUGGCUUCGCAUAGGCAUCUGGUUGGCCACUGCAACCGUGUUUACAAAACGAAGGAGGUCAGUGAUGGCAAAUGAAGGCACUCCUGUCCGACUAGGAGCCGUUAGUAUCCCUUAUGGGCAUGUGAUUGGCCAUGAAAAAUGGAAAGGCUCUCUGGUUACUCAGGGGAUGCAAGGGAAAGUUAAACUAAGUCUAGAAGAUGGCCUGGGAGUCGUAGACUUCCAUCUUUCAAACAGAUCCUGUGUCCUUUAUAUUUCUGAAGCAGACCUGGUUGCAGGAAAUGGCUUCAAAAGGAGACUUGUUCGCUUUAGAAACGCUUGCAAUCUCCAAGGAAUUGUUAUAGUUGAAAAAACCCAGAUAAGCGGUCAGUAUUUUCCAGCAGUGCAAAAAUUUGUUGUCCUGGAACUUGGGAUGACGUUACUUCCAGUGGCAAGCCAAGAGGAAGCAGCACAGCUUAUUAUCCAGCUGGUGCAGGAGCAAGCUAAAGAUCAAGCCAGCAACCCCUUUUUGGCUAAGAAAUGUCCCCAGCUCUUAGAGGCUUCUGUAUUCCAAACGGUUCAGCAGAUUCCGGGAGUUGGGAAAACAAAAGCUUUGCUUCUCCUGGAACACUUUCAAAACCUCCACCGGCUUUGCAACGCAUCCGUCCAGGAACUUGAGCAAGUAGUUGGACAUGCUCUAGCCCAACAAAUCCAUGCGUUUUUUGCACAGGCAAAGUAACCUCACCUGGUUGGGAAGGUGGAAGUGAACCAUGUACACCACCUCAAGCUCCUUGCUCAAAGGACAAAGGGACAAGCAACUUAAGAAGAACCAUUGCUGUGGUUGCCUCAGACGACUCAUUAGAACGAGGCUCCUGCUGUCACAAUUGCCUGGGGAAAUAUAUUAUCACAAGUGGUGCUAUGAAACCAACCAACCCCCCAAGUUGAUCGCAAGUCUGUGAAGCCUUAUUUAUUGCUGUUGCAUCAGCUUUCAUCCGCACCUGACCUGACCAGCUGCCAGGUUGCUUUUGCGUAAAUCAUCUUGUUUCAGGUGACAUGCUUGCAAACCGGCUGUCUUGGAGCAACCUGAAGAUCACUUUUCUGCCAGGCACCUGGGAUGCUGCCAACCUAAAACACGUAGGAGUGUCAGAGUUAAAAAGGGUGCCUGACUCAGACUUCCUCAUCUGCCGGUGGCAUUCUGUAUGCCUUUCGGUGGAGUCAUGCUUUCGUGAAACUCAAAGGUUAUAACCAGGCCCUUCUGGGCAAGGCUCCCAGCCUGCUGUUUGGUUCUCUUCAGAGAAGUGGACACCUGGGAGAACAAAUGGAAAGUGAUGCAUCUCUCUUGAUUUUUUACUGCCUGCAGUCCCAUUUUAAAGACAUCCCCUGUGGAUGUUCCUGCAUUUUGGCUAUGGAUGAAUCCACUAAUUUGGUUCCUGUCCCUUGCACAGUAUUGGCCAUUACAAGCACUCAUUUCUAGACAAGCAAAAAAAAAAAAAAGAUUUUGCUAAUUAAUUGUGUUCUCCAAUUAGUGGUCCUUUGUUGGUGGAAGGCAUCUGGUAGCUGAAUGGUGGAGGGAUGCAGUUUUCAGUUAUUCCUGUGUGGUCUCCAGAUCUGCUCCAGAAGGUCCCCCAACCCUCUGGAGCUGAUACUUUGGGGUUGGGGGCUCCCAUGUCUUCAUCACAGGGACACAAAUUGGACAAACUCUUAGUCUAUAGGCUGCCGACGCAUUCUAAUUGUCUCCUCUUAACAGGUUAACUGAUUCAGUAUUGCUUUUCAUCACUUUUGAGGGUCUUUUGGUUAAUUUGAAAAUUUCACUAAAAUUGCUUCUUCUUUUUUGCUAUUUUCACUAACACCUUUAUUUUAACCUCAUCUAAAACCAAGUCUCAAUACAUGUGUCUGUACUUGUUCAUAGUCUCUCCUCCUAUUACACUCUCCCCUCCCCUCUGAAUGCCCCGCAAAAUUGUGAUUUGGACAAAGACCCAUAUGUAAUUCUGUAAAAUAUGGUGUAUGGCUUUUAUAAAUAAAAAUAAAAUAAUCACUAAAUGUUUUGCAAGCCCUAGGCACAAGAACCACA